UUGCUGUAAGUUAGUGUUUUCACUUUCUACGUCUUUGGAGUAAGUGUGAUUUUGCUCUAAGUUAGUGUUUUCACUUUCAUUUGGUUGAAUAUUUGAUUUGUUACUGUUCUGCUUCUACUCUCUAGUGAGAGAUGCUGUAUUUUAAAACUGGCGAAUUGGUAGAAUUUAUGUUAAUGCAGGCACAACUAGUUACACUCAAAAUAACGGAGAAAUUGUGGCAGUAAUGUAGUCUUAGAGUAACAGAUGAGGUGUGUGCUGUUUUUCAAACUUUUGAGUUCAUUACUUUUUUGACAAGUACGUUUCAACAGUUAACAAUAUUAGAUUCAAUAUAUGUCUUAUUAGAUUCUGAUUACUGCAGCGCAAAUGGUUGACUCCAACCAAAAAAGUGCUUACUAAAAGAGUACUUUUUGCGUUCCAGAAACAAACCCUAGAAGGCUAUGAAUUUUCUAAAUAUUCACGACAAUUUGGAAGUGAGUUGGAUAUAUCUUUUGUUGUAAUUUUCAAACUUCUCAAUUGUUCAAUCAUUUGGAGAAAAAGUGGAAUAUAGUCACAUACACUGUUCAAUUUGUCAUUAGGACAGUGUAUGUUAUAGUCUUUUAAAAAAAGCUGCUAUAAGCUCCGGUUGUGCUUCUCUGUCGUUAUGUCAUGUACCAACAAUGUGAAGAAUAAACUUGCAAUACUAUAAAGAAAAAAUAAGGUACGGGGUAAUAUUAUUAUAUAAAAAGGUAUGGUAAAAGAUAAACUAAGACUAUUUAAUAAUAAAAAAAGGGCAAGAUAAGAGAAAAAAAUAAGAUAAUGACGCGACCACACCGAAUCGGUCGUUCCAUAAAGUAAUAUUUUUUGUGGUUAACUAACGACGGAUUUAACGAUAUACUAAUAAUCAAAACAAAUUAUAUUUUAAAUAACAAUACAGUACAAUACAACAGGUAACCGAACAAGAUGUUAGUAUUUAUCUUUUAGAAAAUGUCCAAAUUUACCGAUACAUUUUUUACUAUGGUUUAAAAUUGUCAUUCAUUAUAUUUUUGGUUGAAAUUUUGUUAGGAGUCAAGAUUAAAACAAGAUUUUUUUCUUAACAAUAGGAUAAAAUUAGAUCCAAAGUGUUCAAUUUUAAAUAGUACAAAAGUAAAUUUGACCAUCUCUUAAAUAAAAAAAAAAUGUGGUUUACAAGUUGGAAUUCCACUACAGCAGCACCAAUGGCAAGGUUAAUCCGAAACAUUUUCUUUCACUCUUCCACCAUUUCCCCACCGGUACCGCCGCCGCUCAAAUUCCACCACCUCCGCCGUAUCCACGCCGGCAACAGCUUAUCUGCUUCCGCUUCAGUUCACAGUAAACCUCGGAAAAACAAAGUAAAAAAGGUGGAAAAGACCAGUAAUAGUAGCGUAAUUAACCAAAACAAGCUUUCACAAGUGAAGCGGAGGACUCGGUCGGAGAAAGAGCUAGAUGAGGAAACCUUCCUGAAGCACUAUGGAAAUGACAACUCUGCCCCCCAUGUCCCUGUCUUGCUCGGCGAAGUUUUGGAUGUUUUCGCCUCCGCCACUCUCCGCUCCUUCCUUGAUUGUACCCUCGGUGCCGCCGGACAUUCCUCUGCUAUAAUUCAGGCUCAUUCUGAAAUGCAAGUAUAUGUUGGGCUUGAUGUCGAUCCCAUUGCAUAUCAAAUUGCUCAAUCUCAGCUGAAGGGUAUCCUACAUAAGGAGUCUUGUGACACGGCUUUUGCCUUGAGAGUGCAUACCUUUUUGAAAAAUUUUAAGGACGUCAAGUCCGUGCUUAGUGAAGUUGCAGACGACCGGUUAGCUUGUGGUGUUGAUGGGAUCUUGAUGGACUUGGGUAUGUCAUCUAUGCAGGUAAAUGAUGCUGAAAGAGGUUUUAGCGUGCUGAAGAAUGGACCUCUUGACAUGAGAAUGAAUCCAAAGGCAACUCUGAAAGCUGAAGACAUACUGAAUUCUUGGCCAGCUGAUGAAUUAGGACGAGUUCUGCGAGAUUAUGGAGAAGAAAGCAAUUGGUACUCUCUCCAAAACAGAAUUGUUAAGACUCGUCUACAUGGAGGGUUACAUUCUACCAGUGAGCUGGUAGACCUUAUUCAGAAUUCAACUUCUAGGACUAAAGGAAGGCAAGGUUGGAUUAAGACAGCAACUAGAGUUUUUCAGGCUUUGCGAAUAGCUGUUAAUGAUGAGCUCAAGACACUGGAUGAUUCCAUCCGUGCUUGUUUUGAGUCUCUCAGUUCUGGUGGAAGGCUUGCCGUAAUUUCAUUCCAUAGUUUGGAGGACAGGAUAGUAAAACAGGCAUUUCUCAAUAUUAUGAACUGCAGCGAAGUUGAUGGAGGUGGGAUUGAAGAUGAAGAAGGGAAGCGCUUAUGUGAGCUGAGGAAAAUUAAUCUUGAUACUGUUAAAGAAGAAGCAUGGAUAAAACAGGUGAUACAAGGUCAGAAUGGAACUAUCCUUACAAAGAGACCCAUAACACCAUCUGAAAAGGAGGAGGCAUUAAAUCCUCGAAGUCGGAGUGCUAAACUAAGAGUGAUUCAAAAAGCCUGAAGAAAGGUGGAUGUCAUAGACGUAGCGCGUAGUGGACCUUGUUGAGAUUUUCUGCUCUCAAAGAUGAGGAGCUCUAUCAAUUGUUUCGACAUCUAAAGUUAAGUAACCACAGCUUAUUCUUGAUCGGACUUAUUCAUCAGGCAUAAUUGUCCUCUCAAGGAAGCCUAAUGAAGCUCCACCUCUUCUGGGGACUUGUCAUACAAUUUAAUGAUUCAACAAUUAGCUACCACAUUCCAAUCAGCUUGUCAUCAUAUUUUUCCAUCGUUGUGUAUCAAGAAACCGUUGCCAACUGUCAGCUAAGACCGGAGAUAAAGCUUGAAGGUUCGCUUGAUUUGUUACAUUCAACAACAAGCUCGCCAUAGGCUACCGGUGAUGCCCAAAGUGCAUAUUUAUUGUAUAGGGGACUUAUGACUGAGGAAAGGUAUUUUUUCUACCUUAUGUAACAUGUCGAAGGAGUUUUACUAUCAUUUCAAGUUCUUAAAUAUAACUCCUAGUAGCUUAAUUUAUCCCAAGGGUUUGAGUAUUUGAAAUCCAUGUUCUUGAUAUGCAAUUUCAUAGCAUGAUGAUCUUGAUCUAUGCUUUAUUUGAA